AUGGCAUCCGAAAGUCCCGCUACAGGCGAACAUCGUCUUUCAUUUGCAAAGAUUGUUGCUAUGCCCGCACCAUCGAAACCGAUUGCUUCCGUUGCGAUUGAUGAAAAGGACGGUUUACAGCAUGUCGAAACAUCUCUACCCCCUGAUACGCAAGGCUCCAAAGACAGUAUACCGAGUCAGAACAGUUCAAUCAACUCCCAACGUAAUGAAUCUAAGUCUGCCGACAGAGAUGUUGAUGCACUCAGCCAAGCCGUGCAAGAUGCCCGUCUGAUGGAUAAAAACUCUCGGCAGUAUUCCGAAGCCUCUGGUGAUACCCACGAAAACGGGGUCCUCAAACGAGAAACUUCUUUUGAAGAUGAUCGGACCCAUCUUUCGAGCUCUUCAACGAAACCCACUAGCUUUGAUUCGAAAAGUAUGGUUUCCGUGGCUACAUUCGCAAUGGACGAGAAAGAUUCUUUGCGGCCAGAUGAUAGUGCUAGUGUACAGGCCAUCGACGAAGAGGAAUCUGUUUCUGGAGUUGCAUCAGGUGCGCCUAAUUCUCUGACUGGCUCGGAAUCUGGUGCUCGUGGAUUCAGGGAUGCUAGUAUCCACAAGCCAAGGGUGAUUCUCCCACAUGCUGGAUCUGCAUACAAUGAAAGCAUCCAAAGAUCCAACGGUGCAAUUAACCCAGACUCUGUUUCCAAUAACUACAUCCUUCCCAAUCCGGGGUCAACAUUGCAUGGGUUCCCUCAGGACCCAGACGAGAAGCUUUUAGAGGCAAUGAAGUCUCCAAAAGAUCGUCUUUUAAUCCUUCAGUUAGAGGACAAAGUCCGAAACUUCAUCCAACAUUCUAAGGAGCAAUCCUUGGAAUUGCCACCAUCAAAUGCUUUUGGGCGGCUUCUCGCGCAUAAGCUGGGUGACUACUAUCAUUUGACCCAUUUUGUGGAUAACAAUGUCACAUCGGUUCGGCUUCAUAGAACACCAUUUUGUCGGCUGCCGGCACCUCUGUCUGCUUUGGAACCUGCCAACAACACGCCUCCUCCUCCAGUACCAGCCAUGAAAAUCAUGCGUCGGACAGAUGGAGAAAGGCCUUCUACUGAGGGCAGCACAGCAGCGAGUUCCAUUCCUGCAUCGGAGGCUGGCGACAGUGGAAAUGAACGUGGUGGUUCCUCUGCUGGGACAUCUGCCAAGGACAGAUUAACAUUAACUAGAGAAGAACGAGAGGCUAAGUAUCAGGAGGUUAGAGAGCGUAUUUUCCGUGACUUCCCUGACUCGAAAUCGUCGGACAAUUCCAAUGGCGAUCAAAAUGCCAAUAUGUCUCGUUCAAGUUCGACAAGUGGGCGCAAGAAGGCACAGAGACAGAAGACUCCUCAUGAUGACAGUUUCGAGGCCAGGUCGCAGUUCAAUGCUUAUUACCCAGGAAUGCAUUAUGCGCAGGGGCCGGUUCCGUACAAUGCUGCUAUGAACGAUCCCUCAUAUCCAAGUCAACCACCAUAUGUGGUAGGACCUGGUGUGGCGCCUCCCGGUAUGGGUUACGCGCCCAGUGGUCAAAAUGGUGCCAUGUACUCGGGACCCAUGCAUAUGAAUUCGAUACCUCAAUACCCUAUGCCGGCUUCCCCACAGAUGUCGUCGAAUGUCCCUUGGCAGGGUGGGAAUGUACCUCAGCAGUCCCCUUUCUCUGGAUAUGCAUCCAUGCACUCGCCGGCGAUGAUGAACCAGCAGCCAUCUGCAAAGUCGUCACCAGCGUUAAACAACUACGCUGUUCCGAAUUCCAUGCCAUAUCAACAUGGGCCUCCUAAUUGGUCUUCUCCCGCAUAUCAUGGGAACUUCCCACAACCGACAUACCGGAACCAACCCCCUGUUCAUUGGCCGAAUUACCCAUCGCAGCCUAUGGCGUCUAACCCGACAUCAUAUCCGUAUGCCCAAUAUCCAGGACAGCCGUUGAAUGUGGGCAUGGGAAUGCAGAAUCCACAUCCCGCUUCUUUUGCUAGAUCUCCGUUUAAUCCCCAAACACGUUCCUUCGUGCCAGGUGGUAGUGGCCCAAUGCCACGACAUCCGGGCAAGUGCAAUCAACCUGGCAUGCCCCACUAUCCAGCAAUGCAUCCUGGUUUGCAGCCACAGUGGAACGGAUUCUCGGACACUAGUAAGCUUGCGGAGGGACGUAACGCAUCUCGUGGAGUCUCUUUGAACAGCAGAGACUCCAUUGCGAAAUGGGGCACACCAUCCCAUCUCCCUCCAAAACCGCCACCUUCAGAAGUCCCUUCUGGGUUUGACUUGAAGCCCCGGAAUAUCUCAAUCUCGAGUGACUCUCACACUGGGAAUGCGUCUUCCAGUUCCAAGAACGGGCCACUUGUUGUCUCAGGUGGAACAAGUGUUCCAUCGAAGCCUAACUAA